AUGCAUGCUGCAAGCGUUAGACGUUUGGUGGCCCAAGCCUUGCGUCAAGACUUCUUCUACCUUGUGGUGCCGCAGAAGAUUGAAGAAGUGACUUUCUGGAGCCGACUUAUCCGACCUUUCAUGCCCUUCACAGAAGAUGGCUGGCUGGGCAUUGGCGCCUUCCUUUGUUCGAUGGCCACAGUGCUGUGGAUUCUUCAUGUGGUGGAGAAUGGCUGGGAGGGCUGCAAUAUGAGUGUUGUAGGGUGGAUCAGGUUCCAAUUCGCAAUUUGGCACGACUUCCUUUUGGGCGGUGGCAACGUAGAGGUUGAGAAGGGCCCAGUCUACAAGUUCCUUCACUUGAGCUUCGCUUUUUUCAUUCUGGUUGCACUGGCCAGCUACACUGCCAGUCUUGCGUCGAUGUUGGUGAUCCAGCGUGAUGCUGCGGGCGCGGUGAAGGAUAUCUAUGAAGCCAUCGAUCAGGACUAUCGCAUUUGCGCCCCAAGCGCCUUAGUGGAAACCUUCGAAUCCGUCUUUGGAAAGGUCUUCGUGCCGCAUGCGGACUACAUGGCUGGCCCUCGGAAUUUCUACGCGGGAAACUGUGAGGGGAUGGUCUUAUCACAGGAUCUGAUCGAUCAGCUCUAUGCCGGACAGAUCAAGGAUAAGGAUUGCGCCGAAGUCGCCAGUGGUAGUAUUACAGAUGCAGAGGGCCGCUGCCACAGCGAUCAUCGAGGAAGCACUCGCGUGGAUUGCCACCUGGUGAAAGCUGGGGAUCUCAUUUGGUCCAUCCCCUUGUCCUUUCCCGUUCGCACCAAGAUCGCGCAUCCCGUCUCUUGGGCUUUCAUCAAAUCCCAGACCAGUGGUGCUUAUGCACGAAACAUCGAGGCCAAUCAGCAUUCGUUCCCCAGCUCGAAAUGUGUGGCAGAAGACCGAACAGAAGAAGAAGGUCUAAAUCUAGGUGACCUCAGUGGGAUGAUCUUCAUUUCGCUGUUCAUCGCCAUCUUUGGCUUGUUGAUUCAUGCAGGAACCUUGGCCUUUCGCCGCCUGAAGCCCGACGCGCCCAGCGACGAUCCCAAUGCGCUCUGGGCCGUGCCGCCGCCCGACCCGAAGGCCGGGGACCCCGAGGCGCCCGCGGUGCCGGAGAAGCUGCUGGAAGGUGGUCUCGAAGUUGUGGUGGAGGCCCGCUCGGCAUUCGCAGGUGCAAAUGUGGAGACGGAUGAAACGGCCACCAAAGGUGAGCAGAAAGAUCAUGACGUGCAGUCUGUGAGCGAGGAUCCAAAUGACGGAAAAGUUCAAACGUUGUAG